CUCAAAUUCAACGAUAAAGCCACCAGUACGAAGUACGAAGCGGUUGCCGGUGUUGGCUAAGCUGCGGUGGUGCUAAAGACAAGCACGGUUGCAGUUUGUGUUUGACCAUCCGGUAAGCGACUUUGGAAUUCGCGACGAUGGAGAUGUUUCCAAGCGAUGGGGAAUCGAAUGAGGGGCAGGAAAAGCUUAACAAUCCAUCUUCCGAUUCGGGUGAUUCCGGGUUGGCCGAGGAUGAUUCCAAGAAAUCGAGCUCUUCAACGGACACCAGGCCUAGAACGAAUCUCGACUUCGAAGCAAACCAUCUUAUGGAUGAGAUGCUGCAUAACAUUCCUAAAAAGUCAUCUCGAGUGGGCUCUGCGUAUCAGGCCGACAUUCCCGAGUUUGUACCGCCUGACAGGCGCCGGUCGGAAGAGCGACAGAACGAGCCAGAGGUGCCAUUGUGGGUUCCGCAGGAAAACAUACCGGAAGCCGCAUUGCAAGAGUUUUUAACCGUUGCCAAAGGAAGACAUAGCUUCAACGAAGAGCAGGCGAUGGCGCUGCUGUACCGGGAAGGCUACAAUCUGGAACGGGCAUACCACGCUUUACCCACCUACAUAGUCCAUCAUGAAACGUGGGCCGAGGAGCAGCGUGUACUGUUUGCGGAAGCGCAUUACUUUUAUGACAAUAACUUUCACCUCUACCACCGCAUUCUCCCGAACAAAUCGCUCCACAGUAUCGUGCAGUAUUACUACAAGUGGAAGAACGAUCCGACUGCGCCGAGAAUGAAGUCAAAAAUCUUAAAAAAGAAAAGGAGAGCCGUUUCGGCACUAGGCAGAGGCUCCGCUUUGCUGCCAUCAACGAGCCGUGCGGGUAUGCACGGCGAUGGUGCCGGGACCAGCGGUGGAAACAUUCCGAACGGUGAAACAGGUCCCAGCACCAAUGGUCCCGUCCACGGCGAGAGCGAAGAAGGCGACGGGAUGCCAUCACGCGGCGAAGAUCAUCAUCGCCGCUGAAGGAUCUACCAUCAAUCGCUUACACUUUCAUUUUCUUUACAUUUUCAUCGUAUACCUAAUUUAUUUGCUGUAGCAUCACACAGCUAUGUAUUGUGCGCCAGCAACUGCCUAUCGCAUGGGGGGAAAAACUACACUUAGCGGAGAAAUUAUAACAAAGGCUGUCCCAUCCAACGAUAUGGCCAUUUGAACACAACUUGCCAAACUGGUUAGAUGUUUGCGCAGCUUUUUACUCUUGACUAGCGAUGGCUUUAGAUCAUUAGUUGCAGUAGUCGUUUGUAGCCCAUAUAAAAAAAGGAAGCGAAGCACAGCGCGAUAGCUCGGUAGUAAUAACAAAAAGGAGGAGUGGCUGCUACGGGUGAGAUUUAAAAAGGAAAAACAGCUACCAGCAAAACAGAAAUUAGGAGCUGUUGCGCGUGUGUGCCUUAUUAGUAAAGAUUCGACAUUUCGGUGCGAUGUGUCUUCUGUGCCCGACGGCGGGCCAGGUUAAACGGCAAACGAAGUUACAUUUUUAAACUAUCAAACUAAUUUUCAAAACAUUAAAAAAAAGCGUCCG